GGCGGUGGAGGCAGCUCCCUGAGACCACUGUCCGGAGCUCCUGUGAAGAUGUCCACUCCAGACCCACCCCUGGGCGGAACUCCUCGGCCAGGCCCUUCCCCAGGCCCUGGCCCCUCUCCUGGAGCCAUGUUGGGCCCUAGCCCAGGUCCCUCACCUGGCUCUGCCCACAGCAUGAUGGGGCCCAGUCCGGGGCCUCCCUCAGCAGGACACCCCAUCCCAAGCCAGGGGCCUGGAGGAUACCCUCAGGACAACAUGCACCAGAUGCACAAGCCAAUGGAAUCCAUGCAUGAGAAGGGCAUGUCGGAUGACCCCCGCUACAACCAGAUGAAGGGGAUGGGGAUGCGGACAGGGGGCCACGCAGGGAUGGGGCCUCCACCGAGCCCCAUGGACCAGCACUCCCAAGGUUACCCCUCACCACUGGGUGGCUCCGAGCACGCCUCUAGUCCGGUUCCAGCCAGUGGCCCAUCCUCGGGCCCACAGAUGUCGUCUGGACCAGGAGGGGCCCCGCUGGAUGGCGCUGACCCCCAGUCUUUGGGGCAGCAGAACCGGGGCCCAACACCAUUUAAUCAGAACCAACUGCAUCAGCUCAGAGCUCAGAUCAUGGCCUACAAGAUGCUGGCCAGGGGGCAACCCUUGCCUGACCACCUGCAGAUGGCAGUGCAGGGCAAGCGACCGAUGCCCGGGAUGCAGCAGCAGGUGCCAACACUACCUCCACCCUCUGUGUCUGCAGCAGGACCUGGCCCUGGCCCUGGCCCUGGCCCUGGCCCAGGCCCAGGCCCAGCACCUCCAAAUUACAGCAGGCCCCAUGGUAUGGGAGGGCCCAAUAUGCCACCCCCAGGACCUUCAGGAGUGCCCCCCGGUAUGCCGGGCCAACCCCCUGGAGGGCCUCCCAAGCCAUGGCCUGAAGGACCUAUGGCGAAUGCUGCUGCCCCCACAAGCACACCUCAGAAGCUGAUCCCCCCUCAGCCUACAGGCCGUCCCUCACCUGCGCCCCCUGCCGUCCCGCCCGCUGCCUCUCCUGUGAUGCCACCCCAGACGCAGUCGCCAGGGCAGCCGGCCCAGCCUGCCCCCAUGGUACCGCUUCACCAGAAGCAGAGCCGCAUCACCCCCAUCCAGAAACCCCGGGGCCUGGACCCUGUGGAGAUUCUGCAGGAGCGGGAGUACAGGCUUCAGGCUCGCAUCGCUCAUCGAAUUCAGGAACUUGAAAACCUACCCGGGUCACUGGCCGGGGAUUUGCGAACCAAAGCAACUAUUGAGCUCAAGGCCCUCAGGCUGCUGAACUUCCAGAGGCAGCUGCGGCAGGAAGUGGUGGUGUGCAUGAGGAGGGACACGGCCCUCGAGACUGCCCUCAAUGCCAAGGCCUACAAGCGUAGCAAGCGGCAGUCCCUGCGUGAGGCCCGCAUCACCGAGAAGCUGGAGAAGCAGCAGAAGAUUGAGCAGGAGCGCAAGCGCCGGCAGAAGCACCAGGAAUACCUCAACAGCAUUCUUCAGCAUGCCAAGGAUUUCAAAGAAUAUCACCGAUCCGUCACAGGCAAAAUUCAAAAACUCACAAAGGCAGUGGCCACGUAUCACGCCAACACAGAGCGGGAACAGAAGAAGGAAAAUGAAAGAAUCGAGAAGGAAAGAAUGCGGAGGCUCAUGGCAGAAGAUGAGGAAGGGUACCGGAAACUCAUCGACCAGAAGAAGGACAAGCGCUUGGCCUACCUCUUGCAACAGACAGACGAGUACGUGGCUAACCUCACGGAGCUGGUGCGGCAGCACAAGGCAGCCCAGGUUGCCAAGGAGAAAAAGAAGAAGAAGAAAAAGAAGAAGGCAGAAAAUGCAGAAGGACAGACACCUGCAAUAGGACCCGAUGGCGAGCCUCUGGACGAGACCAGCCAAAUGAGUGACCUGCCUGUGAAAGUGAUCCAUGUGGAGAGUGGGAAGAUCCUCACAGGCACGGAUGCCCCCAAAGCAGGGCAGCUGGAGGCCUGGCUUGAGAUGAACCCAGGGUAUGAAGUAGCUCCAAGAUCUGAUAGUGAAGAAAGUGGCUCAGAAGAAGAGGAGGAGGUAAGAGUCUAUUUCCUUCUGUCAAGGCCCUCGGUGCUCUGUAGUG